UGACGUCACGUUUGCUUUCGGCACAGGGCAGAGGCUGUGGCCUGCACUGUGACGUCAGUCAAAAAGUCAAGAUUGGUCAGGAUCUUUAAUGCUGUCAAUCAUUUCAUGGUUUCAUUGAAUACAUUGCCCGGUUGGGUGGAAAGUAGCAGGCAGCACCCACAAUUUCAAGUGCAUUUCAUCUUGUUACCGUGUUAAUGUAACUAUUUAAGAAGAUGUCAACUGACAAUAAAAUUCCAGCUAUGCAGGCCGCACGAGCCUGACUGGCUGCCAUCUCUGCCUAGAGCUGGAUGAUGGAUGCAGAAGAUGGAUGCUAAUGGAAAUGACAACGCUGAAUCUGGAGAAUACUCUGGAGAAAACAGAACAAAAUACAGAAUUCCUCGUAUGAAAAAAGUUAAUUUGGUUGAAAUUGCGUCAAAAAGAAUCAAGAUGGAUAGAGAGAGAGAUUACGAGAAUCGUGAUGCAGAGAGUUUGGAGAAUCGGGACUUGGACUUCAUUUAUGAUGAUAGUGAUUCACCUCUGAAUGAAAUUUCAGAGCUGUACAGCUACACAGAACAACCAGAGUUUCAGUUGAAUGUGAAGGCAUUUGAAGAUUUGAUGGAAGAUGCUCAUCUUAGUCCCUCUUGGCAGAAGUUGUCUCAGGACCAACAGAAGUCUUUGAUCCUAAAGUGGCUGGAUCUGCUUGAGGUUUCCAAAAGUGAAAGCCGUAUGAGAGCGGCAAGAUGCUUCUUAUACUUAGCGCAAGGUUGCUGGGCAGAGCAGCAAUCUGACGAAGAGCAGCAGCAGGCUACACGUUACAAUGUGAUGCUUCUGAAUGAAUGUGGUGUCUUCUUUGCAUUUGUUGAUCUCCUCAACAUCAACAUUGAAAACAGUGUUGCUUCAAUAAGUGCUCAAAGUAAGCUUGCUGUCAGUCUUGCUGAUUCAACUGACCUAAGGAUAAUUUUAAGUGUUCUGUAUAUUAUUGUUGAGGUCAUGCGUUUGUCUUUGAAUGAUGGCGACGAAAAUUACAAAAAGCAAGCUGAACAUUUUCGGUCUGAUCUUGCUAAUGCAACUGGAGAAGAUGUGCUCAGUGUGCAACUCCUUUCCAUGGUAACGAGGUUCUGCAGUGGCUCUGCUCCUCAUUUUCCAAUGAAAAAGGUACUCCUGUUGUUGUGGAAAGUAAUCUUGCUAACCUUGGGUGGCAUGAGUGCCCUGAAGCAGCUGAAGGCUCAAUACCGCAAGGAUGCAGAGCUGCCCAUCAUCGAGGAAGACACAAUUGAAAUUGCCCAAAUGAUGCGUGCCUCAUCACCGCCUUUCAGUGCAGUAGAUCUCUUAGUGGCUCAAGACAACCAGCAAAGCAGUCGUCGGUUUAGACGAAGCCUCAUAAAGCAGGGGUCAUUAGAUGUCACUUUUGCCCUUGACUUUGAGUCAUCUGAACAGUCUGAAAAUGAAGACCGUGAAGAAGACUCCAAUAAUGGGAUGUUUGCGGAGAACGCUGAUGCUCCACAGACGCCAAGCCCCAGGCCAGAAACGCCUGAACCACCCAAAGCAAAAGGCUUGCCAUGGAUGCCUAAAGUUCGUGCCAAAGAUUUGGACAACUUUCUGGACAAUACUCGAAUGAAGUUUGUCGGCUUUCCCCUGCCGGGGGAUAGAGAUACUCUGAUUGGACUACCUGAACCAAUCCAUGAGGGUGUUUCUGUUCUGAAGCAACACAUGUAUACCUCUUUAGCUGAACUCCAAAUACAAAAGGAAGAAGUCAUGGCCAAGAGCCCAUUCUCUGUUCAGGAACCUGAGGUGCCCCUCACUCCAGCAGAAAUCCUCUAUCAGGCCAUGUUACCAAAUCUGCCACAAUAUGUGAUUUCUUUGUUAAAAAUUCUUUUAGCUGCUGCUCCAACUUCCAAAGCCAAGACUGAGACUAUUAACAUCAUGGCUGAUGUACUCCCUGAAGAAAUGCCAAUGACUGUUGUUCAGUCAAUGAAGCUUGGCACAGAUGUUAACCGUCACAAAGAAAUAAUUGUGAAAGCAGUUUCUGGAAUACUGCUGCUAUUGCUAAAGCACUUUAAAAUUAACCAUGUUUAUCAAUUUGAGUUCAUGUCACAGCAUCUUGUGUUUGCCAAUUGCAUUCCUCUUGUUCUCAAGUUUUUUAAUCAGAACAUUACAGCAUAUGUUCGGGCAAAAAAUGUGAUUCCAAUUCUGGAUUUCCCUGCCUGUGUCAUUGGCGAACAGCCUGAACUGACAGUAGAGAGUCUAGAAAUUGGGGACAGCCAACUAUACUCUUGGAGAAAUGUAUUUUCAUGUGUCAAUCUCCUUCGUAUAUUGAACAAACUUACCAAGUGGAAACACUCUCGAAUAAUGAUGCUUGUGGUAUUCAAAUCUGCUCCAAUAUUAAAACGGACUUUAAAAGUCAGACACGCAAUGAUGCAACUGUAUGUUCUGAAACUUCUUAAGAUGCAGACCAAAUACCUUGGUCGUCAAUGGAGAAAAUCAAACAUGAAAACAAUGAGUGCUAUUUAUUCCAAGGUUCGCCACCGUCUGAACGAUGAUUGGGCUUUUGGUAACGACCUCGAUGCUCGUCCAUGGGAUUUCCAAGCAGAAGAAUGUGCUCUUAGAGGCAAUGUAGAUCGGUUUAACAAUAGAAGGUAUGGCAAUGGGCCUGAUUCUGAACUCAAAUCAACUGUUGAUACAAGUAUCCAGAGUGUUCUUGGGCAGCAAGUGGAGCUCACUGAAGAGUUUAAACAGCACUAUGAGGUAUGGUUGCAACAAGUCCUUUCUGUUCAUGUGAAUUGGGAUGAACUUAUAGACAAGGCAUAUUUGUGAAGCUGUCAUUUUAUAAAUGAUGCAGUGAAUUAUCAUACUAUUCAAAGUAAGGUUUUUACCUGCUUUAGUCCGGUGGAAAGAAGUCAUUGUAAAAUCAUAUGUGCAAAGCCAAGAAGUCAUUCAAAAAUAAAUUAGGUAUGCCAUUAAUGCCAUGAAAUGAGUUGUUGUCGAGCUUGUUUGUCAUUUUGUUAUGUGUUAUAGAAUGUUUUCCCAAUUUUGUUUUAUUUAAUUUUAUUUAAUAUGAAAAUAAUUUGCUAAAUCCUGGUAUAGUAGUGUGGUUCCGUAGUUUUUGUCAAUGUGUGUAUCAUUGUGUUAAGUCCUGUAAGCUUUUCUAGUUGUAAUUGUGUCAUAUAAUCACUCUAAUCGGAUUAACCUUUGUUAUGUUGCAAGUGUUUUGUACCAUGAAAGAAAGCAGAAAGUAGUCUCCUAAGGAAAAGUGCAUUUGACUUGUAUUCAUAUUCACCAAAACACUACUACUUUUUUUAUUGUAAAUAAAUUAUAUGUGAGUUAACAUAAUAAACAAUGUGAAUGAUUUUCUAUAAAAAAUAAGUUAUGAUCUUACAUUACUUACUUAAGUGGUCUCAUAAUGAGCACAACAGCUUUUACUAUGGUUCGAUCUAUGUUGAUUGAUUCCACAAAGGAACCCAAAUUGAUUAAUUGACAGUACACCAACAAUCAUAAGAAUACAUUAAAGAUGAACCACUGAUUAUUUGGAAGUAAAUUUGACAUCAUAAACACUUAUCAAUCUGUGUAGUUGUUUGUCAGUCAAAUCAUCUACUAGUAAAGUUAAGCUCUCUAAGUACUCUGCAACAAAUUGGAAACAAAAUUAGGAGUAUUAGUGUUGAUACUGCUAGCAGCAUGGAACUUGACUGAGUUGAUGAUGUGCCCUUCAGAUGGCUUUCUAAUAAUGGUCACAGUAGAAAUACAAACACUCUAGCAAAAUUUAAAUUUAAGCCUAAAAAAUAGGGUAAAAAUGUCAAAAGAGUUGUUGUUUUCACAAUUUUGACUAGAAACACUUGCUCAAAAAUCCACACCUCUUUCCUAAAGAUAUUAAAGUAAACCAAUUUCCUAUGAAAAACUAGUGAGAAAGGUCGCACACCUAAAAAGACACGUCACUCUGCAAACCCAAAAAAAAAAA